AUGUUGGCCCGCGUAGAGUUGACCCCCACUCCUUCCCCUCGUCUUCCUUCCCCUUGCUCUCCCGUCGCCUUUCCUCCCCUUCCUUCUGCCUUUCACGUCCUCCUUUUCUCUCCCUUCCUGCUCCCUUGCCGUUCAUUUUUCUUCCCCUUCUCUGCGGGCACUCCUCCUCCCUGCUCUUUUCUGCACCUCACCUGCCACUCUGCCGCACUCUCCUGGACAUCGACGCGCGAGCGUCUGGGGUGUCCGAGUAGAGAGGACGUGGACGAUCCCGAGCGGGUGGGCAUUCACGAGACCCACCUCGGCUUUUAUUACAACAAGUAUUAUCGGAAGCAGCUGAACCCGAAGUACUUUGGUGUCUCGACGAACGCCGAGCUCGUCAAGCUUGCCAAGGACUGCUGCAUGAUCGACGGCGAGGUGCUGGCCUCGAACCUGGAGGACGACAAGAUCGACGAACUCGAUCAUUUUGUCAAGCUGACCGAAGAGAACCGCAGGGAGCGGCAGCGCCGCAUCGACGCCGGAGAUGAGACGGCCCGCCUGCCCUUCCUUGACGCAGUGGUUGCGUGUGUCGAGUCGUCUGUGCUGGGGUUGCGGGAAGGCUGCUGGGAAGCUUCGGGGUCAAGACUCCCACGUGCCGUCUUCUAUUUUUCGCCUCGCGUGUGCAGUCGGGGGCAACAGUCUGACGAGGAAAAGGUACCCGUACCUCUACCCUUCCGUCGUUGUUCCCCUUUUGGGUCUUUGGGGAGGCCCCUGUCGCCACGCACAUCAGGAGAGGUCCGGGGUGUAGCGGUAUCGGUACCUUUUAGUUUCCCCAAGUUCGGUAGCAACUCAUGGGAGUUGUAA